AUGGAAAUAAUCGAAUCCAUUGAUAAUCUGCAAGUGCAGGAUCCGCCCGGUGAAGAUUUCUCUUCAGCCGAUUUGGAGUGGGUCAAGUUUGGAACCGCCGAGCGAUGCGAUGAUGUGGCGCUUAUUCCUUACGAUCGAGUUGAUGCCUUUAUAAUAGGAGAGUGUUCCUGUGUCGAAUGCCCGACUAGGUUCCACAUCGAGAGGGGAAGAAAACGAGCCAGGGGAAGCUUGAAGCAGUACAAAAACGACGAGUAUUUGGAGUACAGGAUGUAUUGGUGUUCGUUUGGUCCCGAAAAUUACGGAGAGGGCGGAGGCAUAUUACCGAGCAGAAGGUACCGUCUAAACACGCGUAAUCGUGCAGCUAUACCUCAAUCAAUGCGUGGAUGCACAUGCCAUUUUGUCGUAAAGCGUUUGUACGCACGCCCUUCUCUUGCACUUCUCAUAUACAACGAUAGGCGCCACGUUAAUAAAUCCGGUUUUAUUUGUCACGGGCCCUUAGAUAAAGACGCAAUAGGACCCGGUGCCAAGAAUAUUCCGUACGUUUGCAGUGAGGUACAACAGCAAACAAUGUCGAUGAUAUAUCUAGGUAUUCCCGAGGAGAAUGUUCUAGAAAAACACAUCGAAGGGAUCGAAAGGUACGGUGGGUCCGAUGCGAAAGUUAAAAGCUUGGCUUGUCAGUAUGUGCAGAAGCUCGGUAUGAUAAUUAAACGGUCCACUCAUGAGUUGGAUUUGGAUGAUCAAGCGAGCGUUCGGUUAUGGGUUGAGAGAAACAAGAAGUCGAUUUUCUUUUAUCGGGAUUCCUCGGAAAGUGAGCCUUUUAUUUUGGGUGUACAAACUGAGUGGCAGUUGCAGCAGAUGACCCGUUUUGGCCAUCGUAGUGUCGUGGCAGUUGAUUCAACUUUUGGGAUCAAGAAACUAAAGUACCCGUUGUGCACACUUCUUGUAUUUGACUCGAGACAACAUGCCCUCCCGGUUGCUUGGAUUAUUACACGUAGUGUUGCAAAGGCAGAUGUUGCUAAAUGGAUGAAAUCCUUACUCGACCGAGUUCACUCGGUUGACCCUGGAUGGAAAGCCAAUGGGUUUUUAAUUGAUGAUGCUGCGGCUGAGAUCGAGCCCAUCAGGGAGAUAUUCUCUUGCCCUGUACUGUUUUCCCUUUGGCGUGUUCGUAGAUCGUGGCUAAGACACAUUGUUAAGAAAUGCACUAAUGUCGAAGUUCAGAGGGAGAUGUUUAAACGCCUCGGCCAAAUAGUGUACAAUAUCUGGGGUGGGGCGGAUCUUGCUGUUUCUCUUGAAGAACUUUCGCUCGAUUUUGUUGACCAGACUUCGUUUAUGCAAUACUUCAUGGAUUCUUGGGUGCCUAAAAUUGAAAUGUGGCUAACGUCAAUGAGGACUCUCCCACUCGCAAGCCAAGAAUCUUCUGGAGCAAUCGAAGCCUAUCACGUGAAGCUCAAAACGAAACUAUACGACGACUCACAUCUCGGUUCUCUCCAAAGGGUUGACUGGUUAGUACACAAGUUGACCACCGAGCUGCACUCAAGCUACUGGCUCGACCGAUACGCAGACGAAAGCGAUUCGUUUCUAAACGUGAAGGAAGAGUACAUUGCCUCCACUUCUUGGCACCGAGCCCUUCAAAUCCCGGAAGAUUCCGUUUCGUUCAACCGGGACCCACUCUUCGCUAGGGUCGUCAGUCAGAAAGACAGAUGUCUAAGUCGGGUGGUUUGGAAUCCUGGUUCGGAAUUCGCGCACUGCGAUUGCGAGUGGUCUUUGCAGGGGAACCUAUGCAAGCAUGUUAUUAAGGUUAACAUGACGUGCGAUAAUCUUGACUCGCACAAAUCUUCAAUGUCGUUUCAGUCGCUGAAGAAUAUUCUGAUGGAUCUUUGGAAGAAACCGGUGGAUGAUUCGGUGGGGUUGGAUAUCUCGAUGGCGUGGACUCAUCAAAUGCUUGACCAAGUUGAGAAGCUCGUUCGGUUGAAUAAGUGCGAUGAUAUCGGCCUUGUUGUGAAAGAUAUGCCUUUGAAAUGGGUUGCGAAGAAACACAGAACAACGUGUGGAAGGCAGUUAUCGAGCGUUAUUACUUCUCCGUCUAGAACGAAGAAUAAUAGAAAUAAUUCUUCGGCGCCUAAAAAGAGUAGGAAGAGGAAGAGGGUGUCUCGUUUGAGAUAGAUAGGUAACCUUUUUUCGUCUUGUGUAUAUAUAGGAGGAAACUGUUGAGGGCCCGUUUAAUGUUGGGAUAUUUAUUGAACCUUGGAUUUGUCUGUUCGAAUCCCCGUGUGGAAGUGGUCUGGAUUCGAGCUGGUUAUUACUUGAAGUUCAAUAUCCCAAGAAAAACGAGCAUCAAGCUGAUUCAGCUUUUCCGUUUUUAAAGACGUGAUUUAGUGAGAUUUUUCUGCUCGACAUGGCGCACCGAACCGGUAGGGAAAUAGAAACAGAUUCAUCCCAACCUCUGAUUUUGAUUUUGAUUUAGAUUUAUUAUAGCAUGUACAUGUACGAACUUUUUUUUUGCUUUCUUUCUGGUAUUAUAUUAUUUUAUUUUGGUAAAAUAAUGUAUGUUUUGCCCUCUUCGGCACUUUGAUCUGCAAGGUACAGACGAGUCAGUCAUAUAUAUUUCGAAAUUUUGCCU